CCUCAUCCGCCGGGUCAGAGCCAAGCCUGGACUCUCGCUGACUUUGAACCCUUCGCGGGAUCUGAACUUGAUGCCAUGGGAGGCUGUGCGGGCUCGCGGCGGCGCCUUUUGGAUUCCGAGGGGGAGGAGACCGCCCCCGAACCUCGGCCCCGUCUGUUAGACCGUCAGGGAGCCCUUUGGAAGAACGCGAUGGGUUUCUGGCUCCUGGGCCUUUGCAACAACUUUUCCUAUGUGGUGAUGCUCAGCGCCGCCCAUGACAUCCUUAGCCACCAGAGGGCAUCCGGGAACCAAAGCCAUGUAGACCCAGACCCAGCGCCCACCACCCGCAAUAGUUCAUCCCGAUUUGACUGCAACUCUGUCUCCACGGCUGCGGUGCUCCUGGCCGACAUCCUCCCCACCCUCGUCAUCAAAUUGCUGGCCCCUCUUGGUCUUCAUCUGUUGCCCUACAGCCCCCGGGUGCUCGUCAGUGGGAUUUGUUCUGCGGGAAGCUUCAUCCUGGUUGCCUUUUCUCAUUCAGUGGGGACCAGCCUGUGUGGUGUGGUCUUGGCCAGCAUCUCGUCAGGUCUGGGGGAGGUCACCUUCCUCUCGCUCACUGCCUUCUACCCCAGGGCCGUGAUCUCCUGGUGGUCCUCAGGAACCGGGGGAGCAGGGCUGCUGGGAGCGUUGUCCUACCUGGGCCUCACCCAGGCUGGCCUCUCCCCCCAGCACACCCUGCUGUCCAUGCUGGGUAUCCCCGCCCUGCUGCUGGCCAGCUAUUUCUUUUUGCUCACAUCUCCCGAGCCCCAGGACCCUGGAGGAGAGGAAGAGGCAGAGACAUCAGCCCGGCAGCCCCUGAUAAACAGCGAGGCCCCCGAGGCGAAGCCAGACUCCAGCUCGAACCUCUCCCUUCAGGAAAGGUGGACCGUGUUCAAGGGCCUGCUGUGGUACAUCGUCCCCUUGGUCCUGGUCUACUUUGCGGAGUAUUUCAUCAAUCAGGGGCUUUUUGAGCUCCUGUUCUUCCGGAACACAUCCUUGACUCACGCUCAGCAGUACCGCUGGUACCAGAUGCUCUACCAGGCCGGCGUCUUUGUGUCCCGCUCUUCUCUCCGCUGCUGUCGAAUCCGCUUCACGUGGGUCCUGGCCCUGCUGCAGUGCUUCAACCUGGCCUUCCUGCUGGUGGACGUGUGGUUGAGCUUCCUGCCCAGCAUCUACCUCGUCUUCCUGAUCAUUCUGUAUGAGGGACUCCUGGGCGGUGCUGCCUAUGUGAACACCUUCCACAACAUUGCGCUAGAGACGAGUGAUGAGCACCGGGAAUUUGCCAUGGCGGCCGCCUGUAUCUCCGACACCUUGGGCAUCUCCCUGUCAGGGCUCCUGGCCCUGCCUCUGCACGACUUCCUUUGUCAUCUGUCUUGACACUCUGGCUUCUUGGAGCACCGGUCACACUAAUCUGGGCCUGCGCUGACAGGCGGGCAAGUCAGGCCGCGGGCCCACAGCCCAGAGCUCAUUCCCAGAGCUCCGCCCCAGGCUUCCCUGCACGGCUGGGGUGCAGAGAAGCACCGAGGUUCCGUUCCCCCUUGAGCUGGGGGGAGCCGUUUUCUCCCACUCCCAGGCUGGCCUUGGGGGGUUUCUUCACGGCAUUAUGUCCUUGGAAUAAAUGCCUAUUUUGUCAAUUGA